AUGCCGAGCUGGAGACCGCUCCCGCGCAUCGCGUUCGCCAUAUGCAUAUACCCCUUCCAGCCCUCGUCGCCCGCCGACCUGCCCCUCGAAAUCGGCGACGAGCUGUACAUCAUCGAGCAGGGCGGACACGAUGGCUCGUGGUAUCGCGGCUACCUGGUUGCGCCGCCCUCGCUGCUGGCCGGCCUGACUAGCGUCAAGGGCCAGACACUCGAGGCACGCGUCUUCUCGGGCAUCUUCCCACGCGUCUGCGUCGAGGUGCGCGAGGUCCUGGGCGAUGGCAAAGACACGGCGACGCACGACGCUGCCAGCGACGCUGCCCGCCCCAGUCCCUACUCGCCGCCCACCAACGGCGUCGUCACGCCCACCGAAAGCACCCGCACCACCUCGCCCUUUGCAAAGGGCUCCGGCUCCCACGCACGACGCAGCUCCCGCAGCGACGCUGUCUCGGCCCUGCCCUGUCCUGGCGCCCGCCCGCUGUCGAGCCGCAGGUCCAACAGAAAGCGCGCCGGCAGCACCCACUCGCAGUGGACUGCCCGCGAAGAGCACCUGCAGCAAUUGACCCUCCCGCUCUCGCCCAUAUCAGACCCGACCGCCCCCCGACCCCCCGCGCCCGUGCCCAUGCUCAAGAUUGGCGACGAGACGCCCACGUCUGCCCAAGAGCCCCUGGUGGACGAAAUCGCCUCGUGCCUGCGCGAAUGGCACUCGACAAAGGUCCACGAGCUGCUGCUUGCACGCAAGUAUGCCUCGCUCGACAAGAUGUCCAGGCUCGUCAGCAGCCUGGACACGGCGCGGCGCCAGCUGCUGCACAAGGUGCUGACGGCCCAGGAACUGGAAAAGGUGCGCGAGGCGACCGUCUGGGAUCUCGUGGCGGGCAACAAGAUGCUCUGCGGAGACGUCAUUGUGCGCAGCCCUUCGCAACGUGGUCGCAUACUGACAGGCGAUGACUCGGCUAUUGAAAUCACCAAGCUCCAGUCCAUGAUGAGCCUGCUCGACAGCCGGCCCACCCCACAGCUCGACGAGCACAACCUGCACCACCUGUUUGUGAGCCUGAAGCACGUGUCGGGAGAUGUCGUGUCGGGAGCUGCUCAGAUCUGCAUGCAUCUGUGUCUGAAGACUCCAGGCGCUCCGCCCCAGCCCCUUUCGGAAGCCUACUCGUUCGACCUGACGAGCAAAGACGGCGCUGCCGUGUCUUUGGCCGGCGACAAGCUGCGUGCGCUUCUGGUAGACCUCAGCCUGACGGAUAUCGGCGAGGGCGCAGGCUCAGGCUCGACGCUGUAUCUCGUCUUUAGACUAACCACCAAUGAGCCCCUACGCAUGCCCCCCGCGACCGACAAGGCCAGUGGGAAUAAAGAACCGCCACCGAGCAAGACGUCCGGGGUGCAGCCUUCGCAGCAUGGCAGCAUCAAGGGUGGACGACGCAGUGUCAUGUUUGGGGGUUCCAAGAGAAAGGAGUCAACAAAUUCACGACACACCGACUCAUCUGACGAACGCAGACACCCAAGCGUUGACCAGUCCCGCCCACAGCCACCCGAUUCACGCCCAGAUUCUGCGGCAGCCUCGACCACGCGCGCGAGGGCUUUCUCUCGUGAUCAGAAGACACUGAAAAGAUCAGUUGCAGUGGGCGUCGUCCCUGUCAACCAAAUCCUCCAGGCACGGUCUGCAGCGGACCGCACGGUGACCAUGUUCUGCACUGCGGCUCCUGGUGAGGAUCUCUCAGAAGAUAGCGCUGACUGGGACAGCAUCUUGCCUGAGAUCUUCCCUAGUGCCAGUGGACAGUACACGCGGAAUCCGCAAAUCAGCCGCAUUACCGUCCAUAUAAAAGCCUUUGUCGAUGCCGACGCCGAGCGGCUCAUCGAGAAGGUCCCGACCAUGCUCCACAACAUCAAGCAAUGCCGCAAGAUUGGCUUCUCAGGCGCUCCAACCAAACCCCGCAGCGACAUCUAUCUGACGUUGGUCGAACCCUUUCUUCCAAAGAAUGCCUUCUUAGCCCACCCCAAGACUGGUUCCGUCCCGCUCGGUCAAUCGUCUCCCAUGACUAACCUCCAGCUUACCAUUGAAGUUCGCAAGAGCUCUGGAGAGCGCAUUGAAGGGUGCAUCUAUCCUUCCACCAACAGCGCAGGCCACACUGCCUGGCGCACAACAGCAGCCCAGCGUGGCGAAGGCUGGAAUUCGACGAUUCGGCUUGCCAUUGACCCACAAGAUGUACCAGGUUCACACCUAGUCAUGAGCGUUGCCGAUGCACCUGGAUUUCCAUUUGCCCUGUGUUGGAUGCCGCUCUGGAACCAGGACGCAUUUGCCCGGGACGGCGAUCACGCCCUGACGCUGUACAAAUACGACGAGUACACCUCGGGUAUGAUUGCCGGCAAAGGUGCCUAUCUCGGCCUACCAUGGAGUGCUAAGAAGAAGGAUGAGCAUGUCAUGGGCCCAAUGGCUGCCGUCCAUGUAAAGACCUUCCUCUGCAGCACAAAAUACUCCCAGGAUCCGACAAUACUAGGCCUUAUCAAGUGGCAAGAGCAACCAGCGGGAGAGCUCGUGGGAUUGCUGCGCCGAUUCAACUUUGUACCCGAGAUUGAGAUUGUCAAGCUUUUGAGCGAGGUUUUUGACGCCCUUUUUGCCAUCCAAAAUCACUAUGCUGGUAGCGACGAGUACGAAGAUCUGAUUUUUAAUGCCGUCGUCAUCGUCUUGGGCAUCGUGCAUGACCGACGCUUUAACCUUGAACCUCUUGUAGACCAAUACGCUCGUACCAAGGUGUUCCACUCCCUUGUCACAUCGUGCCUGCUGCAAAGUCUCGGACGACUUUUGGCCAAGCCUACAGACCCCGAGAGCUCUCGGAGGCUACGCGCGACCUUCAAGGUUGGCAAGCUAAUCAUGAAGUUCUUGGCCAACGCCCGAGAGAGGCAAAAAGCAAAGGAAGAGAGCAUCGGCAUCAAGGACAGGACUCAAUUCAGCAAAGAGAUGAAGGCACUCUUCACAUCGCUAGAGUCGCUGAUGAACAACGCAUCACCUGUCCUUAUCGGGACCAAGACCAUCUUGGUCCAGAAUAUUCAUUCGUGGAUACCGGAACUGGAUGGAUGCAUGCCCGCAACAGAAGUCUUCAAGCUGACUGCCGGGUUCAUCGACUCGUCGUCGGAAGUGCAGGGCAAGCUUAUACUUUACAAGCUGGUUUUGAUCCAUCAUCUGUCGGAGCUUCAAAUUUUCCGCGCCCCUGAAGUACGUCGUAUGCUUCUGACAAGUACCGUGCAGUGGCUGGCGCCAUACUGGGGCAGGGUAGAGACCGUCACCGAUCAGUGGAAGGACCAGGUGCGUCUCUGCUGCUCAGUUGUAGCCUCACAGGUGGAAGAACUAGGAAAAGAAGCCGCCGAGUACAUGCCAAAGCUGGUGGAUUCAUACCGCGCAAUCCAAGCCACCCCUCGGCCAGCCAAAAGGACCCUGUCGCUGCUUUUCCCAACAAGCUAUCCUUUCCAAACACGGCCGACAACCGCUGAGGCUACCUUUGACGAGGCACUGGCUGAGAUAUCCGCUGUACUGUCGGCAAUGUCUAGUCUACCCUCUCUCUUACUUCCGGAGUUGCCCAAGGACGAUACGGCCGAGUUUUUGUUUUCGGUACUGCAAGUUUACAUUUCGAUUCUCGACUGCGAGGCGUUUCCUAGCUCAUGGUUGAGUGUGCACAUCUACCAUCACAAGGCCAUCAUGCGAGCAUUGGACAAACUAUUCAACGUUCUAUCCGAUUCAUUUCUCCCUCUUCCCGAUGAGGCGGACGCCUUCAGUACCGAACUAUGGCGUGCGUUUUUCGAUGCGCUGCUAACACUCGUUGGCAGCGAUGCGCUUGCACUGGAGACAUUUCCUGAGCAGAAGCGCCGUGCUGUGUGGAAGAUCGCUGGCGAUGUUCGUGAGCAUGGCGCAGAUUUGUUGCAACGCAGUUGGGAGACGAUCGGCUGGGAGGCGAGCGCCGAAGACAAGGAGCAGUACGGGAUUGAUAAGAUGGGCGGCUUCCAGGUGCAAUAUGUGCCUGGGCUCGUGGCGCCCAUUGUGGAGCUUUGCCUCAGUGUGCACGAAGGUCUGCGAAGCGUGGCAAUCGAAGUGCUGCAGACAAUGAUCAUCAGCGAGUGGACGCUGAGUGAAGAUUUGGCUCUGAUCCAGGCUGAGAUUAUUGAUUGCCUGGACCAUCUGUUCAAGACAAAGCACCUCACCGAGGCUGUCUCGCAAAAGCACUUUAUUCAGGAGCUGAUUGAACUGUUCGAGCCCCUCGCGCAUGAUCCUGAAGAGCCUUUGCUCGGAGCCUUGAAGGACCUGAUAUCGACCGUUGACGAGCUGCUUGACCUACUCGUCGCCGUGCAUAGCACCGAGGCCACUGGCGAAAUCUUCCACAUCAUGGACACGUUGCAUCUCAUGGAGUUCUUGAAGGACAUGCAGAAAGAAGACAUGUACAUUCGCUAUGUGCACCAGCUCGUCGAGCUACAGGUGGAUGCACAAAACUACACCGAGGCAGGACUUGCGCUUAGGUUACAUGCCGAGUUAUACGACUGGAAUCCAAACUCAACCGUGGACCCACUGACUGACCCGAGCAUGCCACCACAGUCCGCAUUCGAGCGCAAGGAACAGCUCUACUUCCAGAUGAUCGACCACUACGAGAACGGACAGUCAUGGGACAAUGCAUUGGCUGCUUACAGGGAGCUUGCGGAACAGUACGAACACAACGUCUUUGACUUUUCCAAGCUGGCUCGCACGCAACACGCUAUGGCCAAGAUUCACGAAAACAUUGCAAAGGGCGAACGUGCCAACCCCCGUUACUUUAGAGUAGUGUACAGGGGCCUAGGAUUUCCCCCGGGACUGCGGGACAAGCAAUUCAUCUUUGAAGGAUCUUCCAACGACCGACUGGCCUCAUUCACCGAUCGAAUGCAGCAGCAACACCCUGCAGCACAUGUCAUCAAUCCUGGUGCAGAAGUGGAUGUCGAGGGCCAGUACCUGCAAAUCUACCCCGUCAGCCCACAAAAGGACCUAACUCAUCCCAUCUACCAGCGAGCAAAGGUGUCUCAAUCAGUCAAGGACUACUACCUGUUGUCUCGGCCAUCGCACUUUACAUCAGCAUCUCGCCGCUCGCCAUCGACCGUUACCGCGAGAGAUGCCGGUGCAGAGAAGAGCCUCUACACUACAGCAGAGCGCUUUCCUAAUAUUCUGCGAAGAAGCGAGAUAGUUGCUGUAGGCACAGUGACGCUUACUGCAUUGCAAAUGGGCAUUGAGCGUACAACACGCAAGACAGUGGAGCUACUGGCCAUUGAAAAGCGUAUUACAGAUGGCGAUGACACUGCGUUCAACAUGCUCACCCAGGAGCUCAUGUAUGCUGUCGACACGCACUCGCGAGACUGCGUCGCAAAUUACCAUGAAUUGCUUCCGCCAUUGGAGGAUGCAGAAGAAGAUGAUGACGGCGACGAGAUGCACCGGCCUAAUCCACUCGAGAACGCUAUGCGAGUGGCUUUGGUCGACUAUGCUCUAGUUAUUCGCCGCUGCUUAUCAUUGUAUGUGAGGCCUGCUCAGCAAGCUACAAAAGCAGACCUUUCACAACGAUUCGAAGCGGCCUAUUUCCGAGAACUAUCACUUCUGCUGCCACUGAACAUGGCCCCAACGAUGCGUUCCCCCACAGACUCACACUCGGGAGCGGCUAAAUCUCGUUCUCGCGUAGCAAGCCCGACAAAUGACGCAAAACAAGUCAAUGGGGACAGAAUCGCCUCACCCGUUCAGAAUGGCCGAUCAUCACGACAAGAUAAGAAGAGACACAGUCUGGCCUUUUUGACUAAAGAAUUUCUCAUGGGCGAAUCGGAGAAGGAAAAGGACAAGGAGAAAAAGAAAGAGAAGGACAAGGAGGAGGAAACCAAGGUCGAAAAAGCAGCAACAGACGAUGAUGCUUCCACUACAGUCUCCUCACGCAGCCGCAGCAAGGAACCGCAUAGUCUCAACCGGUUGAGUUUGAGCUUCCUCAAUCAAGUGCCGAACUCGCCACAGCCCGAGGCGUUGCCCAGCUUCCCGAGCCGUGGCCAGUCGAACGCGAGUGACAGUAGCCUUCAGCAGCAGUCGAGCGGACAGCGUCCCGAGACGGUCCAAAGUCAGAAGAGCGACAAGUCGCUAUCGUCGCGGACAGGCAGCGUGAAGAAGAGACUUAGCUUCAUGAAUAUUUCAAAGAAAAGCAGCAAGAGCAGUGUCAGGGGACGUGUUGAUGAUACCCUGGUGGAGGAGUAAUUUUUUUUUGUUGACACAAUGAUUUCUUUUGUUUGCUUUCGUAGCAGCUUACGGGUUGCAUAAUGCUUGGAUACAAUACAAUAUAGGAUACAUGGGGUUGGCACGGAAGGGCGUGCGUCUCGGUGCACAUUUGGCUCGGCUUUUUGCCUCCACAGGCAGUUUCUGUACAACAUUGGCGAUGUUUG